AUGUUUCCGCCCGAUCAGGUCUCCAGCCUCAACGCCGACAUGGACACGGUGCUGACCAAGGUCGAGGCUGGUAAGUCGGCCAAUUUGACAGCGCCUCCAUUGCCUGGCGGCAUUGACGGUAUCGUCUUCGGGUCGAACACAAAACGUCUAGGCAGUCUGCUGCACCACAGCCCAACGUGGCGCGAUGCAAUGAUCGACAACCCUGUCCUACACGACCUCUGCACCGGUAUUUUCCGCGAUACGGGCGACUACUGGCUCAGUAUGGCACAGAUGAUCGAAAUCGGGCCCGGGAGCAAGGCACAACCCUUGCAUGCCGACGCGGCCGCCUGGUGGCCGUUCCUCAGCAUGGGUGACCGCUGGAUGCCCGAAGUAGCCGUCAACUUCCUCAUCGCCGCCACAGACACGACGAGUGCCAACGGCGCCACGGGCGUCGUGGAAGGGAGUCACAAGAUCAAGUACUCAGAGGCGCUGGCCGAUCCGACUUUCAACUUCUGGAGGUUCCCCGACGACAAGGUCAAGCAGGUCGAGCUGAAAGCUGGCGACUGCCUGCUUCUCGGCGGACGCAUUGUGCAUCGUGGAGAGGCGAACAGAACCGCCGAUGAGCGCAGAAGGCUUCUCAGCUGCACAGUCACAAGCUCUGUGCUGACGCCCGAGGAGGCGCACCCGUUGAUCGUCGACAAGGACGUGGUUCAGGGGCUUCCAGAGCGGGUGAAGAAGUUCCUGGGUUUCCGGGGCCAGAAUUCUAUAUCGGGAUACAAAUUCUGGCAAGACCAUAGGAGGGACCUCAGCCUGACUCUGGGGGUUUGA